GGUGCUCCGUGGGAUGUUCAAAGUUUCAGAUAUUUUAUAACCCAACCCUGAUCUGUACUUCUCCACAAUGUUGUCCCUGACCUGUUUGGAGAGCUCCCUGGUCGUCAUGGUGCCACUUGCUUGGUGGUGCCGCUUGCAUAGUGGUGUUGCAGACUCUGGGGCUUUUCAGAACAGGUGUAUAAAUGCUGUGAUCAUGUGAUACUUAGAUUGCACACAGGUGGACUUUAUUUAACUAAUUAUGUGACUUCUGAAGGUAAUUGGAUGCACCAGAUCUUACUGAAGGGCGUGAAGACAUAUACACGCACCGCUUUUCCAUUUACAAAAACAAAAUCAUAUUAAUUUAAACUAUUUUUUUUCUUCACCAAUAGGGACUGUUUUGUGUAUGUCCAUUACACAAAAUCCAAAUAAAAAUCCAUUUAAAUUACAGGUUCUAAUGCAACAAAAUAGGAAAAAACUCCUAGAGGGAUGAAUACUUUUGCAAGGCACUAUGUUUGGUUGUGGUGCAGUGGCUCAACUGGUGCUUAGUGGAGGAUCUCAUGGCAUGUUCCUAACUGUCAACUUUGCUUUCGGCUUCGCUGCCACCCUAGGGAUCCUGGUCUGUGGCCAGGUAUCAGGAGGCCAUCUCAAUCCGGCAGUAACCUUUGCCCUCUGCCUGCUUGGGAGAGAUCGCUGGAGAAAGUUUCCAGUCUACUUCGUCUUCCAGACACUGGGAGCUUUCCUGGGUUCCGGGAUCAUCUUUGGUCUGUACUAUGACGCUCUGUUGAACUAUGCUGGAGAACUCAUUGUUACCGGGCCCAACGCCACCGCUGGCAUCUUCGCCACCUACCCUGGCAAACAUCUCACAUUGGUCAACGGCUUCUUCGACCAGACGAUUGGCACUGCAGCAUUGAUCGUCUGUAUCCUGGCCAUCGUGGACCCCCAUAACAAUCCCAUUCCCCAGGGCCUGGAGGCCUUCACGGUGGGCUUUGUGGUGCUGGUCAUCGGCCUGUCCAUGGGCUUCAACUCUGGCUACGCUGUCAACCCUGCCAGGGACCUGGGGCCACGCCUCUUUACCGCUCUGGCAGGCUGGGGCACCGAGGUCUUCACUGCCAACCAGUGCUGGUUCCUGGUGCCCAUCUUCGCCCCAUUCCUGGGCGCCAUCAUUGGUGUGGUGGUCUAUCAGCUGAUGGUUGGCUUUCAUCAGGAGGGAGAGGUUCGUGACAGGAAGAGCCAGGAAGAGAGCGUUAAACUGACCAACAUCAACUCAAAGGACGCCCUAAAGGAAGAGAUGUUAUGAGCCUCAAAACCUCCAGCGUCCUCCAUUCUCCACCACUACCACUACCACUACCAGCAUCCUAUACCCCUAAACUCAGCCUCAGUGGGGUACAGUAUGGUCUCCUCGAGGGCCGGUGGGUCUGUCUGUUAGUCUGUAAGGAGACAACUACAGUACGCACACACAUUAUGGACCUCAAUCUUUCUCUGUAAUGUUGCCACAGUAUAUCUAUCUCUAGGCGUCCUUUGUUUUACAUUGUAGCUGUAUAGUGUCCUUAUGUAAGAGGGGAGGAAGUAAACACUCAAACACAGAAUUAUAUUAAUUCAAAAUGUUUGGAAAUAAUCCAAGUUUAUAGCCUAGUGUCUUUAUCUCUUCUGUUUGGACCGUAUUUGAUGUUUUAUACUAACAUAGCGUUUGAAUGAUUCCGUUAUAUUUAUAUGCUGUGGACAGAUAGUACAUGUGUCCCGAUCAAAUGAAAUAUGUACGUUUUAGUGAGUCCAUGAAUUUCAAUGUCAACCAGAGGCCUCAUGUCAUAAGAUGUUUAUACUUUAUUUUUUAUUAAUGACUAAACGUAAUUUUUUAAGCCCACGUUUUAUCAGAAUUAUUUAUAAAAAGAUCUGUCAGUGUGUUUCUCCCUAGUAAGCGGUUGCCUCCAAGGUGCACCAUGGCGCAAAGAUAUGCUUGGCAGGAUGCUAUAUACUCUAGUGUCUGCAGACAGUAUCGUCAGUGGAGGAGGAGAGGGGAAUGUUGAGUGACACACACAGAUUUGAUUUCAGCUGCAGGUGAGGGGCAGGACUUGAUUAUAAAUGAAUUUGAUCAAAGCUAUGUAACCUAUUGAUUUCUUCUUGAUGAAUUAAUUAAUCUCUGUAAUACUAGCCACAUAGCAAUUUUAUUAACUUGCUUUAGCCAGCCAGCUAGAAAGGUUCCCAAUCUCCCAGCCCCAUAACUAGCUACCAAGCCAUUUCAGGCUAUCAAUCAAGUUAGAGUAGCUUGUCUAUCUUAGCCGGCAUGCCUGCCGACAAGGUUGCUAGUCUUUAGGGUUAUAAUACUAUAUACCAGUGUGGCAGUUGUACUAAACUCCUAAGGCAUAAAAGUUCUCAGGAAUCAAUGAGCAUCAUUCAUUAAAAUGGCAAUUGAACAGGUAAAGAGGUAUACUUAAAUAACCUAUGCAGAACAAUAUACAUAUUUUUUAUAAUAUAUUUUUACAUAGAAUUAGGCAUAAUGAUUAUGCCUCUAGAUUGCAGGAAAAAGCUGUUUCAGGUGUUUGAAAAAUGUUGUUUAGCAGAUGUUAUUGUGGGUGUAGCGAAAUGCUUGUGUUCAUAGUUCCAACAGUGCAGUAAUAUCUCAUAAUACACACAACUCUAAAAGUAAAAUAAUGGAAGUAAGAAAUAUAUAAAUAUUAGGAUGAGCAAUGUCGGUGUCCGGAAUAUGUGUGUAUAUAUAUACAGGGUUGGGGAGUAACGGAUUACAUGUCAUGUUACAUGUAAGGGACCCGAAAAACUGUAAAUGUACCAGUCAAAAGUUUGGACACACCUACUUAUUCAAGGGUUUUUCUUUAUUUUUACUAUUUUCUACGUUGUAAAAUAAUAAUGAAGACAUCAAAACUAUGAAAUAACACAUAUGGAAUCAUGUAGUAACCAAGAAAGUGUUAAACAAAUCCAAAUAUAUUUGAGAUUCUUCAAAGUAGCCACCCUUUGCCUUGAUGACAGCUCUGCACACGUUUGGCAUUCUCUCAACCAGCUUCAUUAUCAGCUGAUGGUUGGCUUCCAUCAGGAGGGAGAGGUUCGCGACAGGAAGAGCCAAGAGGAGAGAGUCAAACUGACCAACAUCAACCCAAAGGACGCCCUAAAGUAAGAGAUGGUAUGAGCCUCAAAACCAACCAGCAUCCCCACCAGCAUAUGUGGGAACUCCUUCAAGACUGUUGGAAAAGCAUUCCAGGUGAAGCUGGUUGAGAGAAUGCCAAGCAUGUGCAAAGCUGUCAUCAACGUAAAGGGUGGCUACUUUGAAUAAUCUCAAAUAUAUAAAAUAUAUUUUGAUUUGUUAAACACUUUUUUGGUUACUACAUGAUUCCAUAGGUGUUAUUUCAUAGGUUUGAUGUCUUCACUAUAAUUAUACAAUGUAGAAAAUAGUAAAAAUAAAGAAAAACCCUUGAAUGAGUAGCUGUGUCAAAACUUUUGACUGGUACUGUGUAUAUCUAUGUGUGUGUGUGUGUUUUCUGCAUACCUCUUUACCUUUUACCUGUCCAAUUAUCCUUUUAACGAGGGUGUCAUUCUGACUGUUGUCAAUCACACAUCUCAAUGCACUGCACUAACAUGACUAGAAUAUUACAUCCAAAUUGCAACACAGUACAUGGGAUCAUAACACACAUCCUCAAUACAUGUGGUAUAUAUCAUGGCAUCAUAAUUGAUACACAAAUAUCAUGAUAUUAUCAUAAGGUGGCAGAUUACAUUUUAAACAAAGUAUUUUUCUGAGCUGUCUGUAUGUUACUGAUCAUCCGUGUGUCUUUUUUCAUAGUUUUGAUGCCUUAUUAUUAUUCUACAAUGUAGAAAUAGUAAAAAUAAAGAAAAAUCCUUUAAUGAG